GCACCGCUGCGCUCGUCUCCCUCCGCCUGCUGGAGGUGCCUGCGGGGGAGAUCGCGGGGCCGGGGCCGGGGCCGGUUCCUGGCGCUGGGAGUGGCUGAACGAUGGAGGGCUUCGGCCACAAGCGGAGGAACGCCGACGGCACCGGCUUGGCCAGCCUGGUGGACUUCCUCCUAGCCAACGCGAGGGUGGUCUUGGGCGUCAGCGGGGCGGCUGUGCUGGCACUGGCGACGCUGGCCGUGAAGCGGCUCAUAGACCGAGCCACCAGCCCGCCGGACGACGAUGAGGACGUGAAGGCCAAGCAGAAGUCCCUCGAGGAGAGCUGGCAGGAACUCAGUUUGACCCAGACGGUGCCAAAACCGCAGCUCACGUCGAGACGGGGAAAACCGGAGGAGCCGCUGCUCUCGCCGGUCAAAAGUGGGACUACUCAAGAACCCGAGGACAUUGUUCCAUCUCCGGAGAUGCCUCCGCCGGAACUGAAGACCCGCCUGUGCCUCACUCUUCAGGAGAAACUCCUUGCCCACUACCAGGAUCGUGUCUCCGCCUCUGAGGCCAGAGAGAACCUGGGGAAACGGCUGUCGGAGGAUAUCUGUGCCGAGUUGCAGAACUGCCUGAAAAAGUACUCCAAACUGCCCUUCGGCAACGCCUUCCUUAGUGGGGACCUCUGCGACGGUCUUGUCGGAGGGGAAAACCUGGAGGUCAACCUUGUGCUCCCCCUCGUUCUCGAGCCUGACCUUUGGGCCCCGAUCCCAGGGGAGCAGACUGUGGUGAACGACCCCCGCAUCUGGAUGAUCAAGCGGACGGGUUUGGAGUAUUUCCUGAGGGGAAGCAGUCCUUGGGAUAGGUUCAUCGUGGGUGGGUAUCUCUCCUCCAGUGCCAUCGCCGACGCUCUCUGGAAGGUGUUGGAGACCUCGAUCAACUGGCUGGCCAUUGGGAGCGCGCUGGAGUGCGUGGUCCGGCCUGUCGUGGCUCCUAAGGAGCUCAAACUCGAAGUCAGGCACGAGCAGAUCCACCUGGAUAUAACCCUGUGCCCGAUGACGGAAGCCGGGGACAAAACCCUUCUUGCUGCGUCCUUGGAACAACCGGUUGAGAACUUCUGGCAGCAAAGCUUCUAUGCUAUGGAGGUCUCCAGACUGAAAAAUCUGGACGCCAGAGAUGCUGGUGUCCGGCAGUGCUGUCUUCACCUCUUGAAGGCUGUCUUUGAAAACCACCCCUCCUGGCGCAAGCUGACCAGUGGCCAUUUGAUUCAUGUCCUCCUACACCUGAGCGAAACUGAGUCCGAUUGGUCAGAGGCGGCCCUGGCCGACCGGUUCCGGCAGGCCCUGGAGGAGCUGCUCCGAUACCUGGAGGAGAGUUCCCUCCCUUGCUAUUUCGACAGCCGGAUCAACCUCCUGGAGCACCUGAGCUUGGAGGAAAUUGACGAGAUCGGCUUCACGUUGUACGCGGCUCUCACGGAACCCGAUCUUUGGAACGGACUCGGUUUAUAAACGUCUUGGGCGAAGACACAGCUGCGCUUUGUGUCCACUCGCGGAGAGGGGUUGAACAGCUUGGAAGGAUCCUCUUUCCACUGGGAUGGUUCUUUACACAUAAUGAAGAAUUUACAUUACGGACUCUUGAAGAAAUGAUAAAUAUGGAUUUGAAGGAAAAUGACCUGGGGUACAAGAGGAGCCUUCUCUCCCCACAGGGCCAUUUCUUGCAUUACUGUCCAACCCAGAAAUCCUAUUUGGAGUAGAUACUUGAGAUUCUUACUGAACACGUGUGGAUUCAAGACAUUCUUUCCGAGCUGGGCGGUCGGUCAGCACAAAAAGCCGCCAUGCCUUGGGGGUUCGCCCCGAAGACCAAGGCAACGAAUCCUCGCGGAGUCCCUGAAGCCCUCCCUGUGCCAUGGUAGUCAGUAACAUAUCUUAGUUGUUCAGUUCCAGAGAAGUCCGGAGCUCAGAGGAAAAUUGCAAAUUCGUCUUUGUGGUAGGCCGGCCCCCAUUCAGAGCUGAAGCCUAUCUUGUAGGAAUGAAAUUGGGACCUUUGUUUGUGUUGUCUGUCAAUCAUAUUUUGCCAGUAGUCAAGAUAAGUGCCAAAGGUGGGGUAGAAUUGGUAUCUGGGUCUACGGGAAUGGGCUGACGGUCUUGGCUGCAAGCAAAUGUUCACCGGGGUCCGUAGUGCUAUCAUAACGCUUCUGUUAAAGGCCUUCGAAUCGUAACGAUGUCUGCCUUAUGAUUUUCCCCCUCCUUGUGCCUCUUUUUGUAUUAGACCACCCACUGGUCCAUAAGCAGAUUUGCCCCCCCCCCCCGAUAGUCUGUUUUGUCUCGACGCAACUGGAUGUUGAUACAAGAUUGUAGGGAGCUUAUAUUCUUCCUCGAAAGGCGUCCCCAAAUCCCUUUAUAUGUAAAAAAAAAUUUUUUUUAAGCUAGAGAUCUAUGCUAUGUGCACUUUGCAUAAAACAAGAACCACAGAAACAAAAGAGGCAGAAUCCCACUGCGUCCCUGUCCCCCCUCGGAAAUCUUGCUUGAGCAUAAAAUGCCACGGGUGUUCUAGGGAAGUCUUAAACGUAACGUGCAUUUCAUUGUUAGUGAGCACACAGCUCACUGUGUGGAGGGUUUCCUGUGUUGUGUAAUUUCCCUGUUGAAACUCUGGCUGGAGUCACCUUUUACCCCCUUUUGUGUUCUAAAAGAACUUUCUGAAAAAUAUCCGAAGAAAAAUGGUAAAACUGCGUCUGGGUAUUGAAAGAAAUUAACUGUACGAUGAUGGGGCGAAUGUACCGUGUAUCAUGAUGUGCAAUUUUUUUUUGGCUAACUUAAUAAUAGAUUGCAGCUGAUCGGGCAUUGCACAAAAAAAAAAGGUGUGGUGAUAUGGAUUGUAUUUAUGGGGCAAUGGAAUGCCUUUCCUACUCUCCCCCCACCCCAAAUUUGUGUUCUAAGUGCUGUCAUCCAAUUCUUUGUGAAAAA